AUGACUGCUACGCACGGAGGCGGCUGCGAAGACGACCGGCCAGACAAGGAAUCUGUAUAUACAAUUAAGACCGGGUUCAAAAACGAUGCCUACCAGCACGACAGGGAUUCGAACGACGAUAUCGUUAAGCCUCCACCGCUGCCGACUGAAGAGGACUCGUACGCCACGGGAAAGGUGAAACUAUCGAGAAAUGAAAAAUGGAGGAUAUUAAAAAACGUGGCGGCGGUGAGCGCCGCCUUCAUGGUCCAGUUCACCGCCUUCCAGGGUACGGCGAACUUGCAGUCUUCCAUCAAUGCCGCAGAUGGACUCGGUACAGUUUCACUGAGCUCAAUCUACGCCGCGCUUGUCGUGUCCUGCAUAUUCGUUCCCACGUUCCUUAUCAAAAGGCUAACCGUGAAGUGGACGUUGUGCCUUUCUAUGAUGUGCUACGCACCUUAUAUCGCUGCGCAGUUCUACCCGGCUUUCUACACUCUGGUCCCGGCUGGAGUAGUCGUAGGGCUGGGAGCUGCGCCUAUGUGGACGUCCAAAGCUACGUACCUGACCCAAGCUGGUAGCGUCUACGCGAAGUUAACGGACCAGGCGGUUGACGGUAUCAUCGUCCGGUUCUUCGGCUUCUUUUUCCUGGCUUGGCAAACCGCUGAGCUGUGGGGUAACCUUAUAUCUAGUUUGGUAUUUUCAUCUGGGGUACAUAAUACCAACAAAUCGAUGGAUAACACGAGCAGCACGGUCCUAACAUGCGGUGCCAACUUUUGCAUGAUCGGAGGUGGACACCACGACAACAGAAACCUCCACCGGCCCCCAGACAGCGAGAUUCACGAAAUCAGUGCCAUAUACCUCGCAUGCGUCGUUGUGGCCGUCCUUAUGGUCGCACUUCUUGUUGACCCUCUAUCAAGGUAUGGUGAAAAGCAAAGGAAGUCCGAUCCAUCUAAAGAGCUAACUGGAAUACAGUUGCUGUCAGCAACCGCGUACCAGCUGAAGAAACCUAACCAACAAUUGCUUAUUCCAAUAACGCUCUGGAUCGGAAUGGAACAGGCGUUUAUUGGUGCUGAUUAUACACAGGCUUACGUCUCGUGUGCACUUGGCAUUCGAUCGAUUGGCUACGUCAUGAUCUGUUUCGGAGUUGUGAACGCUGUAUGUUCACUACUAUUCGGAUCUGCGAUGAAGUUCAUCGGGCGGUUUCCUAUACUCGUUAUGGGAGCAGCUUUACAUCUGGGAUUAAUCGUAUGGCUUUUGAUAUGGAGACCGAACCCUGAAUCGCCCACCGUCUUCUUUGUGAUAUCCGGGCUUUGGGGAGUCGGUGACGCAGUUUGGCAGACGCAGGUUAAUGGAUUAUACGGAGUAUUGUUCAGACGCAACAAGGAAGCAGCCUUCUCUAACUACAGGCUAUGGGAGAGCGCCGGCUUCGUUGUCGCUUACGCCUAUUCCACCCAUUUGUGUGCCAGGAUGAAACUAUACGUAAUGAUGGUCGUAUUGCUCAUAGGAUUUGUUGGAUAUAUUAUCGUGGAGAUUCUUCAUAAGAGAAAGGCUCGUCGUCAGAAGGCGAUUGCCGAGAACCCAGUAGCAGCAGCCGAGGCAGCGAAGCAACCCCCAGAAGAAGACGACGAAAAGGAUGAAAUCGACGACGACAUUAUAAUCACACACCUGUAA